AUGCUGGAAGACCCCGACGGGUUCGGCUUCAUCCGACACAAUGCCCGCCCCCCGAAGCCGAGAAAGACGGGCGUUACCGAGAUCAGGGGCCCGUACUACUCCGUCAUGGGGAAGAGGUACCUCCAAGACGUAUUCGACACCAUGUCGCAUCAAGUGGACGGCGUCAAGUUCGCAGGAGGCUCGUUCUCCCUCUUCCACGAAGACAAGCUGAGGGAGCUCAUCCAGAUAGCCCACGAGAAUGACGCCUAUGUCUCAACGGGAGGCUGGAUUGAGCACGUACUCACCCAGUCGGCGCCGGCGGCAGCCGUGGAUAGGUAUAUCCAAAAAUGCAAAGAGGUCGGCUUCGACGUGAUUGAGAUCUCGACCGGAUUUCUCUCUCUGCCGCAAGAUGACUGGCUGCGCUUGGUGGACAAGGUGCACGAAGCCGGCUUGGUCGCGAAACCAGAGUGCGGCAUACAGUUUGGCGCUGGCGGCGACACAAAGGCUUCUGAGCUGGAGUCGUUGGGCCCUUCGGAUCCCUCCAAGAUCAUCAGCGCCGGCAAGAGGUUCAUCGAUGCCGGUGUCGAGCGCAUCAUGAUUGAGAGUGAAGGCAUCACUGAAAACGUCACCAAGUGGAGGACUGACGUGAUUCAGCGUGUCCUUGACCAACUCCCGGCGGAAAAACUCAUGUUUGAGGCAGCAGAUCCGGCCGUGUUCAACUGGUAUAUUCGGGAAUUCGGCGCCGAUGUCAAUCUGUUUGUAGAUCACUCACAGAUUGUGCAGCUUAGCUGUUUGAGGGAGGGUAUCUGGGGCAUGGCGGACACCUUCGGCAAGAUCACUACGUAUAGGCCAUAG